UCCAGUAGUGUUGUUAUAUGCUGAGUUAUAGUUCAUCUUUGAAAUAUCUGCGUGUGACUAUUGUUUAAAUUAAAACAUUAAUUUGGUACUGUCUUCUGAGCGCUGUAGGAAGUUUGAGUUGUUUCGUCAUUUAUGUUCAGUUUACUGGAAACGACUCUGCAUCAGCAAUGUUCAAACGCACGAUACUCAUGAUGUUACUUGGUUUAUUUUUCACAUGUGGAUGGUUUCAAAACAACGUGAAGAGCUAAAGCCAACAACACACGCAUGUUUACACAGACACUUCAGACAGCCAGGACCAGAGCUGCUUAUGUCAUUUAACAGGUGUCUUGGACGACUGUUUCUGCGACAUCGAGAGCAUUGAUGCCUUCAACUUCAAAAUGUAUCCUCGCAUUCGCAAGCUCAUAGAAAGAGACUUCUUUCGAUACUAUAAGACGAACCUGAAGCGGCCGUGCCCAUUCUGGCCUGACGAUGGCCAGUGCUCCAUCAAAGACUGUCACGUAGAGCCAUGUCCAGAGAGCAAACUCCCUGUGGGAAUUAAAUCCGGCAACUACAACAAGUACUCUCAGACCGCCAACAACACCGAUGAUGUCAGAGAGUGUGAACGGACGCAUGAAUUGGGUGCCAUUAACAGCACGCUGAGUAGUCAGAGUAAAGAGGCGUUUGCAGACUGGGCUCACCAUGACGACGCUCAGGAUCAUUUCUGCGGGUUAGAUGAUGAGAUGUCUCCUGAAUCCGAGUAUGUGGAUUUGCUGUUGAAUCCAGAGAGAUACACGGGAUAUAAAGGACCAUCAGCCUGGAGAGUGUGGAACAGCAUUUAUGAGGAAAACUGCUUCAAGCCAAGAUCUGUGUAUCGUCCUCUCAAUCCUUUGGCUCCCAGUCGAGGUUACACUGAUGGUGAAGGAUUCUACAAGUGGCUUGAAGGUCUGUGUUUGGAGAAGAGAGUUUUCUAUCGUCUGAUCUCAGGUCUGCACAGCAGCAUUAACAUCCACCUGUGCGCUGAAUACCUGCUGGACGAGGGUUGGGGGAAACCAGUUUGGGGUCCAAACGUCCAUGAGUUCCUUCAGCGGUUCGACCCGGCCGAAACGAAGGCCGAGGGCACUCGGCGACUGAAGAACCUGUACUUCCUUUACCUGAUCGAGCUGAGAGCGUUGUCUAAAGUGACUCCGUACUUCGAACGCUCCUUCAUCAAUCUGUACACAGGAAACACACAGGAGGACACGACGACCAAAGAUCUGCUGCUGGAGAUACUCAACGAGACCAAAGCGUUCCCAAUGCACUUUGACGAGAGCUCCAUGUUUGCUGGACACAAAAUAGAGGCAAAAACAUUAAAGGAGGAGUUCAGGCUUCACUUUAAAAACAUCUCUCGUAUCAUGGACUGUGUCGGCUGCAGUAAAUGUAGACUCUGGGGAAAGUUACAGACUCAAGGUUUGGGCACGGCUCUCAGGAUUCUCUUCUCUGAGAAAGAAAUCAACAAUCUUCCAGAAAACAGCCCGUCAAAGGGCUUCCAGCUCACACGACAGGAGAUUGUGGCUCUACUCAAUGGAUUCUCCAGACUUUCCACCAGUAUAAAAGAGUUGCAAAACUUCCGGACUCUUCUGAAGGAUCAUAGGUAACACACCUCCAGGUGGCACCAGCCCAGUGGACUCUGCAAUAGUCUUAUCUGCCCCAGAAUAAGACCUCUCUCAGGG